AUGGGCGUUGAGGGAAUGCGAUCUAUUCUGGAGGAGCGAAGCGCGAGCUUCAGCAGCUUUGUGAACGCAGACACCGGACCUGUGCCAGUGGCAGGCGCCGCACCUCUUCCCACAUCGCUGCUGAGUUUGGCGAGUCGCCUCGAGGACCUGACAAGCUCCAUUCCGACGCUUGACAGUUCACUCUGUGGCAACGGGUGGCAAAGCAAAGCACAGGAUGUUGCGUCGCAGCUGGAUGGACAGGACAUGGGAGUUCGUUCUAAGUCCCGAUUCAGACGUAGGACUUCCAGUCUGCUCCCGCAACUGAGGUAG